AUGCCGGAUACAGUGGUGUCUAAGGAGAAGUUGAGAAUAGUCACUAAUGAACAUGUGAACGAACCUGCUCCGGUAUCCAUAAUCAAGAAAUCCACGAAGAAAUCCGCGAGAGAGGUCGCCGGACAGUGUUGUUUUGUGGAAUUCGAGAAGAUAAAUGUUCAAGAAUCGAAUUCUGAUCAUGCAAAAAGAAGUUCAACAGAGAGUUUUUCAAAAUGGAUAGAUGACAGUACCACGAAACCAAGACCCGAAUGUAGAACAAAAGAAGAAGAAAUGCGAGGCUUCAAAGCGUUCCUCAUUGUCACAAAGUCGCUCGACUUGACUUUCAUGUUAUCUGUUUUAUUAUUGGUGUUCUUCCUCGAAUCCGUUGCUUUCUAUCCAUUUCUCGCCUUUGCUGCUAUAGAAGUUAUCACACUCCUUAUUUCGGUUGUACAUGCUCGUCGACCAAGUCUUGGCAUACUACUAAUCUACAUCGCACUGGAAAUUGGUAAAGCUCUCGCCGCUAUCGCGCUCUCACUUGUGACCGUGCUAUACGAUCACGAUAAGGAUUGUGCUGUGACAAAGUGCAAAACUUUCAACUUUUCACCAGUUGAGAGAUUUCGGUUCUUUUGGUUUCUUAUCUCGAAAGCAGCAUUUAGCAUGUUCCUCUGCCUUGUGGCAAUGGCGCACUCUCCACAGCUGCACGAAUACAAUUCGGACGAUGAUACCGUACCAUUAAGCUUCUAG